AACAUAAGGAACUUGUGCCAUUAGACAGAUGAGAGAUACUGUGAUGGAUUUUACAUUGCAUUGUGUAUGGAGAAGCUGAGUGACAGCAAAAUCAACACAAAACAUUAUACCACAGAACGCAAGAAGUGUCUCCCAUCCACUUGCAGUCAUGAGUGUAGAAGACAUCGUUUACACUGGCUGGCUCAUCAAAUCGCCUCCAGAAAAGAAAUUAAAGCGCUAUGCCUGGAGAAAACGUUGGUUUGUCUUGCGUAGUGGGCGAUUGAGUGGCAAUCCAGAUGUCCUUGAAUACUACAAAAACCAUCACUCCAAGAAACCGCUGCGCAUGAUAAACCUCACUGAAUGCAAUAAUAUUGAAGCUGGGUUGAAGCUCAGUAAAAAGGAAUUCCAGAACAAUUACAUUUUUGAAGUGAAGACUCCAGCUCGGACAUUCUACUUAGUAGCUAAAACUGAGGACGAGAUGAAUCGAUGGGUACAGCACAUCAGACUGAUCUGCGGGUUUAGCUCAAGUGAUGAUGGAACAGAUUCCCUUGGCAGUUCAUCUCCUACCACCUCCUCUUCACUCCAACCAUCUCCUGCUGUUUCAACUCACACACAGCAGUCAAUGAAUAGAGACCAAUUUCCCUCAACUCAAGAUUCUGGAACUGAAGCUGACUCCAGGAGAAGUGAAUCAGACUCCACGCUCUCUGCUUCCAUACCUUUGGAUUAUCUUAUUUUAUCCCAAUGUGAGACCAAAUCAAUAGAUACUGCCAGAAGCAACAGUUGUUCCCCAUGUGAUAAAUCAUUUGAUCAUUCCUUUGAGUUGACGGGAUCAGAAGAUGUUCAAGAGAAUCUACAACCCAAGAGCAGCACUCCAACACAGUUGUCUUGCAAUAUACCACUGUACAAAAACGUGCAAGAUUCGCAAAUGGUCAUUCUUCCCAGCCAAGAUCACAGUGGACCUUCUUCAGCAUCCUCAUCCCCAUUGUCAGUUUAUUCAUUCUCACAGAUCUUUAACUUUGACAAAAACCACAAUACUUUACCCUUUGGCGUAACAGGGAUUCACCUUUUAUCAAACACUCCACCUCCACGGCCACCAAAGCCAAACCAGUUAACUGACCGUGAAAAGACACACAAAGUGGUUCAGAAUGGAGAUGGCGCCUAUGCUGUAAACCCAGCACCAGUACCCAAAAGAAUCCCUCUUUCAAGUCUGGAGAAAACAAAAUGUUGGAGAGAUGCUGAAGAGUGCAGUCUCUUUCCUUUUACUGAUUACCAAGGGAAUUGCAUAACAACUGCAGAGGAAGGGUUUAAUGUAAACUUGAAACUCCCUGGCCAGCACUGUAGUACCAUGGACAGCACUGAUGACAGCUAUGUUCCUAUGAAUCCAGGAUCUUCUCCAAUAAUGUCUACAGCUGAUUGCACAUCAGAUGGUUACAUUCCUAUGAGUCCAGCUUGUACUAAUUUGGUCUUCCAAUCAGUCACCGUAGACAAUUUUCCAUUACCUACACUUCCUGCAGACAUUGAACCUCCUCCAGUUAACAGGAACCUCAAGCCUCGAAUCAGAAAGAUCAAGCCACCACCUUUAGAUCUGACGAGCUUGUCGACAAUCAGGGGACACUGCAACCAUCCUGGUGUCAACAGGACACGGAGUAUGCCAUUCAGAUGGAGUACCGCUAAUUGCAUCACACCUGAAAGCCAAAGUUGUUCAGGCAGAAGUUUUUACAGCACCUUUGAUGGGGAGAGUGAAGAAAGUUACACUGCAAUGGAACGCUCCAGCUCUGUGUACAAUGGUAAUGGCAGCACUCAGUGGCCCCGAACGUUAAACCUUGACUAUCUGGCCUUAGACUUCAAUGCAACAUCUCCCUCUCCUGUUCAGAAGAAACCAUUCCUUUCAUCCAUGCUGGAAGAGCGGGUGGAUUAUGUCCAAGUAGAUGAACAGAAGACCCAGGCUUUGCAGAACACUAAGCAGGAAUGGACUGACGUACGCCAAUCCUGUAACAUUUCAAAACCUUUAAAAUGAUGGAUUUUUACUACAACUACAAACGUUACCAGCUAUGAAAGAAGAUGGAAACUAGACCAAUAUGGUUCUAGUUAUAACAGAUUGCAGGAAUAAAUUGAAUUUUUCUUUUUUAUUAAGAAGUGAAAGUAAAAUGACAACAGGCAGCUUGUUCAUUGUUGAUUCAGUCAGAAAUACAAAAACAUGAAUUGUAUUUUUAACAGUGUUGCUACUGCAUUGGUAUAUUUUGAUCAAUUUUCAGUUUAUGUUCUCCCAAUAAUGUUUUAGGUCAGGUACUGUGUCAAAUACAGUUGAGAAGACUGCCAAAUAUUUUUUUUUACUGAGAACACAUUAUGUGGAGUAAAGCCCAUAGUGCAGGACACUAUCAGGGUUAAAACAAAGAGCAAAUGAGAAGAACACAGUAAGAUCCAGAAAAGUGGUUAGAUGAUACCCUACCUGAACUUUAGAAGCUUGCUGAUCGUAGGAAGAAUAAGAGAGGUAAGGAAUAUCAUGAUUUUGAAGUAAAAGUAGAGUCCUAACUUCAAUGCACUGGAAAUGUGAGAGAUCCAAAACAAGUGCAGAAUAAUGUUCUGGGACUGUAAGAGGAACAAGGUGGAAAAGUUGAGAAGAGCAUUAACUAUAAUAGCAUUAACUGUGGUCUGCAUGUUAGAAAUCUUAAUGGCAAGGUCUAACAGAAGCAGGUAUCAAUUUUUCUUGUAUCCAGAACUGUAGGAGGUCUUCUCCAUACAUGAAAGCAUUACUUAAAUAAAUUGCAAGAUGUCUUAGCCUUGACUAAGUGAGUAUGAUGUGACAAUUGAUAUUUUGAAGCGUAACUUUGACCAUUUUGGUCACCAAAGACAAUAUACCAGUUUAGCUUAAAAAACUGUGGAUGCUAGAAAUCUGAAAUAAAAACAGAAAAUGCUAGAAAUACUUAGAAAGGCAGGCACCAUCUGUGGAGAGUGAAACAGAGUUAAUGUCUCAUUGAAUAAGAGUUUAUUAACCUUAAGCGCUAAAUCUGGACGGUGCCUGACCUGCUGGGUUUUUCCAAUAUUUUCUGUUUUUAUACCAGUUUGGUCUCUUGGUUGGUCAAAAAUCAUUGAUAAUUUUUUUACAUGCUUUGAGUUCAGUUUGCAUCCUCAGAAUAGGCAAAGAGAAACCAUUAUGAAGUAAGAUUGCAGAAGUUUUUGGAAAGUUGUGGUGAAGCUGCUGGACAGUUCCACAAGUCCCAAUGAGAUAUUUCCAAAUCUUCUUAACUUUCUGAUCAAGUACCAAUUUCUGCCUCAUUCCAAGAUGACUAUUUUUCCUGGAAUUAUUAAUACAAUUUUGCACUGGUUUAUCAGGUAAAUGUGUUGUCAAAUUGGGCAGGAGAAUUUCUUCUUGGUCAAUAAAGAACAUAGAGAUUAGAUUUAUAAUUUAACUCAGGAAUAGAGACAACAUUGUGGAUAAGGCAUAUGGAAGAGGUAUACUCUGAAAAUGCACAGUAGGCCCCAUACUAUUAAGAGAGGAAAGCAACAGAUUUGGAUCAGGACCCUCUGUAAGAACAAAGAUACUCCAAACAAAUCAUCAGCCUCUCACAGAGCCUGAAAGACCUGUUGUGCUUUCCCCACAUUUUCUGUCCUUUUAAACAAGCAUCAGCAAUUGUUUGCAAUUUUUCAGCAAAUGUUUUAGUGAAGAGUCUAAGAGAUCUCUGAUCCCUUCUCUCCCUUUUAAUCAAAUAUUUUCCUGGCCUUACCCAACAGCAGUAACAUCAUCUUCCUUGGCAAAAUAAUAAUCUAAAGAUGAUCAUAGCCUGUUUUCUUCUUCAGCUAUUUACACAAAUUCUUUCUUCCAAAUGCAAAAGAAAACGACGUGAUGGAGCAAGCAUGGCAGUGCAACUGCUGAAAGUGAACUCCUUUAAACUAAUGGCACCAUCAGACUGGUUUGAUAAUUUUCCUUGUCACCAUUGCUCCAUUACUCAGCUGCAGUUUUUUUUAGCUGUCACAUAGCACAAGUAAGAAGAGAUUGUAGAUAAUAGCUGAGUUCAGCAACUGGAUUUUUUAUCUACUGGAGCACUGAUUUUAACUGAGGUACAAUUCCAAACAAAUCACCUAAGCCAUUCUUCAUGCACUAGAGAGAGAGUGCAGGCACUUAAACUAGAGAGGCAAGGCUUGAGCCUUGUACUUUGUUCCCCUGAGGUUUUUAUGCAGAUACUACUCACACUGGAGAGUAAUUGGAUUGGCAUGAGCUUGGUUGAGUUUUUUCAAUCAUGCUGGCUAUUAUAUCAUAAUGCUAUCCCAAAUAACAUCUUGCUUAACACAGAAGAUGAAUUAAAUUCAAGACCUAUUAGUUUUGAGGAUUCAGUGGUGCACUGAGAAGUGGCUAGGUGGCUGAAGAGGGCUAAUAGUUAGUCACGACAGUUUUGAUACAUUGUUAGAUAAUAUUAUGACCACCUCAAUGCAUAUCAGUCUGGAACUUUUUAUAUAACAAUUUCAUACUCCUUGAUUUAAAAAUAUUUCCAAUGAUAUAUGUAAUUUCUCCAAAUUUUUGCCACAGAGAAUCAUAGGGAGGAGAUAACUUGAUCAUAUGAACAGAACCAGUAAAAGGACUGGAUAUAUCAACAGAUUACUCACUGGGACUUGGGUACAAAUUCAGCUUGGAUUUGAGCUGAAAUUUUUUAAUGUAUUGACUUCAGAAGCCCUUUGUCUCAAUUCAUCUCCUGACAAAUGCCAACACAAGCCUGCCCUAAAUAACUCCUGGUAUAUGAUAUUUUACACCAAAUUUUAUUUCUUAUUCAUGCUGUGUUGUGGUGCUGCCCAUUGUUAAAUCCAUUGUCAACUCUCACACCUUCUGCAAGACAUGAGAAUUUGAAUGAGGUUUAAUUUAGCAAAACUAACUGUGAUUUGUGUGCACUCAGAAAACCUCUCCUGUGAAUUUCAAAAACAAAAUGAAACUUUCUCUUUAAUCCUGGCAACUAAGAAAGAGAAUAUAAAAUGAAUGAUGCAUAUCACAUUUUAUGACAUUUUGCAACAACUUACUAGAAUGUAAUUUAAAAAUAGAGAAGCAAAUUAUUUUCCAAUUUUUACUCUUUUAAGUAAGAGCUAGCAUUCCAAAUAAUUAACAACUAGUAUCAAUACUUUCCCUUCAUUUCAGAGAAAUAAUAAAUGGUAUAUAAUCAAAUUGAUAAACAAAAAUAAAGCUAAUUCUGCUGAUAUUUUAUUUAAACAAUUUCUAUCCAAAUGACCACUUCGACAACUGCUAAGAUUUCUCCUACCCUAAAGCUGAAAUUGUAGAUUCAGAAAGACAUCAAUUCCUAAUUGUUGUAGUCUCUUUCAGACUGAGGCUCUUCCAGUAGCACAUAAAUUAUCAGAACAGAAAAAGACUUAUUUCCCAUUUUGAUCUUGAUUAUAAGUAAAUUUCAAAUUAAUAUUUCAUCAUAAAACAGGCAUAAAAGCCAUGUGUGUGCUUGUGUAUGACAGGAGAUCCAAACACCUUGUCCACUCAUCUCUCUGCAUCCAAUGAAUUCAAACAAGUUUUAUCCAGCUGUGGUUUUACUUCUGUCCAUUGUAAACAUUUUACCCCUUUCACCUUAUCUCUGAAGGUUGUUAAAAUGGGGAUUGGAUAACAGGUAGAUAGUUGCAUUUGGUGCUAUAUUCUUUACAACACUAUUUAACUGGCUACAUACAGUUACUCGUGCAAACAUAUAAAAUCGGAGCCAGAUGAGACCUUAUGGCCUUUAAGCUUGGAUUGCCAUUCAUCUAGAUCGCAACAGAUCAUCUUUGUCAAUUCUAUUUUUCCAACUCCACAUCACUUCAGUUUCCUGAAUUCCAAAAAUCUAUUGUUUCUCCAUCUUGAGUAUUUAUUGGUGAUCAACCAUCCAAAGAUUCACACAAGUUGAGUGAAGAGAUCCCUGCUGACCUCAGUUCCAUGUACCUUACCCCUGGUCCUGAGAUUAUGCCACCUCAUUCUAGAUUCUCUUGCCAAGGGAAACAACUUCUCAGCCCCCACCAUAGCAAGCUCCUUCAGAACCUGAAAGUGAAAUUAAUUAUAUUAAAUCAUUUUGAUUGGUUCAUAUAAGAUAGAAAAUUCUAUCUUUCAAUGGCAUACCAACAAAAUAAAAAUGAAAAGCUAUAAAUUUUGGAAAUACAGAAAAACAAAAUGCUGUAUCUACACAGAUCCUCAUUCCCACAGAAUGAACCUUCCUCGUUAUUUAUUCCAGUCUUAUCAACAUUUCUUUCUAUCCUAUCUUUGGGACAACAGUACUAAUGGACUUAUGGAGUCAUGGAGCAAUACAGCACUAAUACAGGCUCUUCGUCCCAACCAGUCCAAUAUGGACCACGGUGCCCACCCAGCUAGUCCCAAUUUCCUGUGUUCAGCCCAUAUCCCUUUAAGCCCCACUCCUCCAUGUACCUGUCCAAGUGCUUCUUAAAUGAUACUAUUGUACCUGCCUCAACCACCUCCUCUGGCAGUUCGUUCCAUAUACUCACCACCCUCUGUGUGAUAAAGUUGCCCUUCAUGUCCCUUUUAAGUCUUUCCUCUCUUAGCCUAAACAUACUCCCCCUUGAUUUUGGACUCCUAUACCCUGGGGAAAAGACUUUUACCAUCCACCUUAUCUGUGCCUCUCAUAAUUUUAAAUAUUUCUAUAAGGUCACCCCUCAUUCUCCUACAUUCCAAGGAAUAAAGACAUAGCCUGGCCAACCUCUCCCUAUAACUCGGGCUCUCUAGCCCUGGCAACGUCCUCACAACAUCUCUGCACUCUUUCCAUUUUAACCACGUCUUUCCUAUAACAUGGUGACCAAAACUGUACACAGAACCAAGUGUGGUCUCACCAACGACUUAUACAGGUGCAACAAAAUGUCCCAGCUCUUUUACUCAGUGCCCUGACUGAUGAAGGCCAGUGUGCUAAAUACUUGGAGCAAGCAGAUAAAUGGGAAUGACUCACAGAUGAAUUGUGAUCUAAUUAAAUGGCAAAAUAUAUUAAGGAGUUCAGUGGUCUAGACCUGUUUCUAAACUUUAAUCUGAUCCAUCUCUCAGAAAAGAGAAAAUGUGCAUGCUGGUAAAUUCACUUGUGUCAACUUCUUGACUUAGGGAUUAAUCAAUGCAAAAGGCAUUCCUAUAAACAACAAAAUCUGAAUGUAGUACUGGAUCUGGGCUUAACUCCAGUUCAUAUGGGUGGGUGAAAACAUUUGUCCAUUGGCCACAACAGCUUGAGCUGAAAGGAGUUUUUGAGCUUAAUGGAGAGUGAAGUAGGAUGUCGUGCAAAAGGGAUAUUGUUUCUUACCAGGUGUGCUGUGUUAAAAUGUCCUCAUUCAGUUUUAGUGAAUGAUGCAACCUGAAGCAUCAAAGACCAGUUUCUUCUCCUUUUGCAAAAGAUGACUGUCCUAGUCUACAUUUCCAUCAGUUUAUGUUUUUACUUCAAAUAGCAUUGUCUAUCCAAAGUCUGAGAGAAAGGACUUUCAACUCCAACUCAGUCAAUCUCAGUCAGCCUGAUUGUAAGUGGAACCUCAAGGGCAGGAGCAGCAUCUCUGCCAAAAACCACAGUUGUCAGAACAGAGCAGCAAAAAUAGCUACAAAAUUGUGUAGUGGUAUGAAUUCUAACUUCAUAGGGACAGGAAUUACAUCAUAAACGACAGUAAGUGGUGACCGUGGCUAUGGAAGAGUUAACCCAGUGGUAUAAAAUGUUGUCAUAAAGUUGCCAGACUUUUUUUUUAAAUCAACUCAUUUAAUCAACCAAAAUGCAGACAUAAAUUUGGAUUGAGCUCAGAAGUAGAAAAGGUUAUGUCCAUUGUAUGAUUCAGAAAGAACUAUGUUAUAAUUUGUUCAAAUGACUUGAGCACUCCAUCUUAUUUUCCAUUUUUUUCACUACUGAAUUGUCACAUAAGCAAAAGAAAAUCACAUUGUUUACAAAAUCACUGAUUUUAAUCAAGAAUAACAGAAGUUUGCCUUGGUAUGAAACAUAUAUACCUAUCCUGUUCUGUUUACCUUGAAAGUCAUAAGGUCAGAAAUUAUACAAAAAAAAUGAGGAAAACCAUUUGACUUUUCCUAGCUCACCUACUUAGAAGAACCUAUUGCAUCUCAUUACAGCCUUAUGGGACUACAAGGUUUUCAACUCCAAAAGCCAAUUCAGAACUUCAUUCCAUGUGCUAAUCAGAACUUGUGAUGUCAGUCCAAUCUUUGCCACAUUGAACGAGUGCCAUUUAUCCUCUUCUCAAAAUAAGCACUCUGCAAUGAACUUUUCAAAUCCAUUUAUUUACCUUUCACUGUAAAUGCUUUACACAAUCAAGGCAUAUGAACACACAGGGUUUGCAAUUGUAAAACAAAUGCAUUUGUUGUUUUACACCUUCAUCUUCAAUAAAGGAAGUCCUACUUUUUGUUUAGUAAUUUAGUAAUUUUUCAGGUCUGAAACAUUACACAAUUAUCAAAAGACUACUUGACCAAUUACGAAACUUACAGAACAUUUCAGAAUAGGAGGGACCUGAUCGGAAUCACAGAUUCGGAGAGCUAUUGGAUUGGGACAACUGCAAUACAGUAUCAUCCUUUAUCCAUUGAUUAUAAAUGUUUGUACAUAAGACUCUGUAAAAUAUUUCUGCUAAA